AUGUCGAGUCAAAAUAAUGAUAAUACUGGAGUUCCUAUACGAGUUUUAUCAAGUUGGUUGUCUAAAGAUGUGAUCAAUUCAAUUGGUCAAAAUACAAACUAUGUGAAUCCUAUUGUUAGAAAAAACUUUAAACCCACACUCAUGAAAGUUUCGUUUCUACUACGCAUCUUAGAAUUUAUUUCCCCUACUGAGUCCAUGGAUAUCACAGCAAUUUUAUCAGAUUCGACUCAUAAGAUAUUGUCCAUCUUCAAAUUCGAUCCUGCCAUAGUUGAUUUUGAGAAUAGAUAUCACCAGAGAAUGACAUACAAUACAGUAAAUCGAAUAAUACAUAUAAAAAAAGCAAACUUGAAAUUCAUGACUAUCGAUUCUGUCAACAAGGAUUUUAAACUAAACCUAAAGGGUGCAUUAGAUAUUGUUGUGUUGGAAAUAUUAGAUUUUGAAUUAUUCUUAAUAGAUGAAUACCGAUUUGUUAACUCUAUCGAGUCAAGAUUAGAAUUCGUAUAUGAUGAUCCUGAAUAUGAUCAGUUGUGCAGAACGAAAACUAACACUGAAAUCUUCAACUAUGAUGAUGGACUUAUAAAUUCUCCAUAA